AUGAGCAGGACAAUUUCUGGGAAGGAGAUCGCCGAGCACAGCUCGCGCGAGAGCUGCUGGAUCAUUGUACAUGGGAAGGUGUAUGAUGUGACCGAGUUCCUUCCAGAACAUCCUGGCGGAAGCAAAAUUAUUCUCAAGUAUGCAGGCAAGGAUGCGACCGCCGAGUACGACCCCAUCCAUCCUCCCAACGCCAUUACGGACAAUCUUCCCCCAGAGAAGCACCUGGGUGCCGUCGACCCCGCUACUGUGACGCAAGUUGCAGCGGCCCCGACGGACGCGGAGAAGGCGCGCCUGACGCGUAUGGAGCAGCGACCCCCGCUCGGAGAGAUUCUCAGUCUGCACGACUUUGAGGCGAUUGCGCGGGAGGUGCUCCCGGAGAAGGCGUGGGCGUACUACAGCUCCGCCGCGGACGAUGAGAUCACACUGCGCGAAAACCACGCCGCGUACCACCGUGUGUGGUUCCGCCCCCGCAUCCUGCGCAGUGUUACGCACGUGGACUGGUCGACAAGCAUCCUUGGCCACGCGAGCAAGAUGCCCUUGUACAUCACCGCCACCGCGCUCGGGAAACUGGGCCACCCCGAUGGCGAGCUGAAUCUGACCCGUGCGGCCGCGAAGCACGGCGUCAUCCAAAUGAUCCCGACCCUCGCUUCGUGCUCGUUCGACGAGAUCGUCGAUGCCGCUGCGCCCGGCCAGGUGCAAUUCCUCCAGCUAUAUGUCAACUCAGACCGCGCCAUCACUGAAAAGUUUGUGCGGCACGCAGAGCGACGCGGUGUCAAGGCACUCUUCAUCACCGUCGAUGCCCCCCAGCUUGGCCGCCGCGAGAAGGAUAUGCGCAUGAAAUUCGAGGCUGAGGAUCCUGCGGAGGUAACAGAUAACAAAGUCUCGGACAAGGUCGACCGCUCGCAGGGCGCAGCGCGGGCCAUCAGCUCUUUUAUCGACACCGGCCUCGAUUGGGCCGACAUCCCCUGGUUCCAAUCUAUCACAACCAUGCCUAUCAUCCUCAAGGGGGUCCAGUGUUGGGAGGACGCGCUUCUCGCGUAUGACGCAGGGCUUGCGGGUGUCGUACUGUCAAAUCACGGUGGCCGGCAGCUUGAGUUCUCGCGUUCGGGGCUCGAAACGCUUGUCGAGGUCGUCGCACACCUCAAGGAGAAGCGCGGGCUCACGUUCCCGAACGCACGCUUCCAGCUAUUCGUCGACGGCGGCGUGCGCCGCGCGACAGACGUGCUAAAAGCAAUCGCGCUCGGUGCCACCGCUGUGGGCGUUGGUCGGCCGUUCUUGUAUGCGUUCUCCUCGUACGGCCAGGAUGGCGUCGAGCGUGCGCUCCAGAUCUUGAACGACGAGUUUGAGAUGUCAAUGCGGCUCCUGGGCGCGCGCAGUAUCGCGGAGGUUGUCCCCGAGAUGGUUGAUGCAUCGUCCAUCCACCAGCACAUCGUUGCCGUCCCGUCCGACCGGCUGUAUGAGGCGAACUACGAGACGAUGCAGUCCGUGCGCCUGCGGGAGAUCAAACCACGCAUGUAG